CCGACCGUUGCUCUGAGUGCACGCCCGUCGCCGCGUCGCGCACACAUACGCACCCGCCGCCAUGAUGCGGCGUGGUUCAAUGGCGAUGAUCGGUGGCGGAGAACCACUGAUCGUAGUGGAGGAGAGUGGGGUUGAAGAGUCUGAGUCUCCUCUUCAUCACGCUGCACUGCCACGUGGCUUCUCAGAGGACCAGGAGUCCCCUCCGGACCCAUAUCAUCUGUCGCCUUGGAGGGAGACCCGCAAGCACUCAUUACCUACACCAGCUUGUACGAGUGGACCGACUGCUAGUCAGGUACGCCGUCUCUCUGAACGAGGUGAAGGAGCUGCCAAGGAAGCCCGCGAAGCAGCGUUCCUUGCAACUCUUAGCCAGGCUCCACCACAACCUGGAGGUCGAAGGCAUUCCGUAGUUACAAUAUCUCGGGUACCGCAGGCGUUGUUUGGGCGUGGACGUAGGGAAUCCAUUGCGGCAUUUCCGGCUCUCAGUCGCCGGGGAUCCAUAGCUAAAAAAUGUCCACCAGCAACAGAUACUAUGGGCAGCACUCACAAUUUGCAGCUAGAUAUAAUGGAUGAUAUAGUUCAGGCUCGCAAAGUACGCAUGCGCCUGUGGAAUACAUCUAGCGAGAAGGUUUGUGAGGUUCAGCCUUUAGACGAGCGCUCCCCAAUAAGCGGCUCUAUCCGAUAUACAAACCGAGGCCGCCGACACUCUGACUUCGUUGGUUCUCCUUUACCUCCCAUACCAGCUCGUCGAAGAGCUUCAGAAAUGCCGCCACCGCCUCCCAUUCCACCGCGAAGCAGCACAGGAGUUAUCUGUACUGACACAGAUCUAAAACACAUGCUUAACGCGCUCACUUCAUCAGCAACCGAAAUCGAUCGAUGUGGAAAGCCAGAACGAACUCGUCAACUUUCAGAUAUGCGCUCCAGCAGUUUCGACGCUUCAUCUUUGAGAGAGAAAUUCUCAGAUUCCGGCACUACUUGGUUCACUCGCAGGCACCAGACAUUGGCGACAAAGAAAAAAGAAACCGAAGAAAAAAAGCUGAAAGUUACAUUUGCGCCUGAUUCAAAACAAGCUCCUGGUGACGCAGCAGCAGUCGUAUGGGACAAGCCGUCUGGUUCUGUGGUUGAUGCAAGUGCCCUGGGGAGCGCUAUAGAAGUGUUUCUAAGAAGAAGCAGCGGAGCUCCUCCUGUUCCACCAACGUCUACGAUAGUCAAGGAGACAAAGAGUAAAGCCGCUGAUCGUUCCAAGGCACGAGAUGCUCCAAGCACAAGCAAAGAGGGCGAACAUUGGUUUAUAAGCAAGCCUGAAGAUGACGACGGUGCUGGAGGAUGUGAAGCGUCAAUAUGCUCAUCUCUCAAAGAUCUUUUCGUAUAAACGUGCGAUCCUUUAAUCCAUAGUUAAAUGUUUGUUUCCUGUUCGGGAAAUUGUGCGCGUGUGAAAUCUUGACACGUCUUGUACCUUACUUCAUGGUUAAAUAAGAUAGUGUUACUCAUUCCCGGGAGCUGGUUCAGCUCGAUCUUGGCUGUGGUUGUGACGUCUGUAUUUCUUGGGAAUGUGGAACAUAUUUUAUUAAGCCGUACUUACUUUAUGAAUCUCUGAAUGUGAUAGAUGCGCGCCGGCGUCGGUCGUGCCAAGUCGACUCACGACUGACUCUGGCUCUGCCGUAAAUAUUUUUAGAGUAAAUUCUAUUUUGAUUGUAAAAAUAUUAGUGACUUAAUGUUUAGAUAGAGGAAUGUAAGUUAUUCGGCGCGUGUUUUCCAUGACAGUUCCCUGAACUGUCGCCCGCGCGCCUACCCCUUCCCGCCUUGUCUCCUUCAGAAGUCUGUGUAUUGUAACCUGAUGUUAAAAAUAACGUACGAUUACGAGUACUAUCGUAUAGCAAAUAAUAUUGUAAAGAGGAA